AUUAAGUAAAAAACAUGAAGCUGACCAUUGCUACCGCCCUAGCGAGCAUCCUGCUUAUUGGCUCCGCUAAUGUUGCCAACUGUUGCGAUUGUGGAUGCCCCACAACUACAACUACUUGUGCGCCACGUACCACGCAACCUCCGUGCACAACUACGACAACAACAACCACAACUACUUGUGCGCCACCCACACAACAAUCUACCACGCAACCUCCAUGCACGACAUCUAAGCCCACCACACCUAAGCAAACUACCACGCAACUUCCGUGCACAACACCCACCACCACUAAGGCCACCACCACGAAGCCCACCACCACUAAAGCCACCACCACUAAGGCCACCACCACUAAGCCCACCACCACUAAGCAAACUACCACGCAACUUCCGUGCACAACACCCACCACCACUAAGCAAACUACCACGCAACUUCCGUGCACAACACCCACCACCACUAAGCCCACCACCACGAAGCCCACCACCACGAAGCCCACCACCACUAAGCCCACCACCACGAAGCCCACCACCACCAAGCCCACCACCACGAAGCCCACCACCACUAAGCCCACCACCACGAAGCCCACCACCACUAAGCCCACCACCACGAAGCCCACCACCACGAAGCCCACCACCACUAAGCCCACCACCACGAAGCCCACCACCACUAAGCCCACCACCACGAAGCCCACCACCACUAAGCCCACCACCACGAAGCCCACCACCACUAAGCCCACCACCACGAAGCCCACCACCACGAAGCCCACCACCACUAAGCCCACCACACCUAAGCCGUGCGGUUGCAAGAGCUGCGGUCCUGGAGGAGAGCCAUGCAAUGGAUGUGCUAAGAGGGAUGCACUGUGCCAGGAUCUUAACGGCGUACUCCGCAAUCUGGAGCGCAAGAUCCGUCAAUGCGUCUGCGGUGAACCGCAAUGGUUGCUGUGAAGCGUCGAAGGAGCGUCUAAUCCACUCCCGUACUGAUCGAUGUGACUGCACCCCUGCGAAAUAUAUUCUGUGGGGGAGCUCGGCCAGGACUUUGACUACGCUUUGUUUUUGUUAUCAUCAAUUGAUUUUACGUGUAAGAAUUAAUAAAAUUAGUUAGACUGCAUAAAUUUU